AGUCAAAAGGGGGUGGGAGAGCAACUGACAGGCUGAGUGAGAGCUGGGAAGAGUGGGCAGCGGAGGAGGUAGCCAGGAGCCCAGGACCAGAGAAGCCCGUGGAAAUUCCAGAGAGAAGGACUGGGGAGAAGUGAUCAAGGUUCAGGGGUGGAAGCCCCCACUGGACUUCUGAGGAAGUUGCCCACAUGGCUGUAGGACCCAUUUGGUUGUUUCCCCUGAGGUUGAAGAGGCAAUCUCCAAAUCGCAGUCAGGAGAGGAGUGGAAGUCCUAAAUAAGUCCUGGUGGCUGUCUCCUGCUGAGUCAGGAUGGGUGACUGGAGCUUCCUGGGAGAGUUCCUGGAGGAAGUACACAAGCACUCUACAGUGAUCGGCAAGGUCUGGCUCACCGUCCUCUUCAUAUUCCGCAUGCUGGUGCUGGGCACGGCUGCCGAGUCAUCCUGGGGGGAUGAGCAGGCCGACUUCCAGUGUGAUACCAUGCAGCCCGGCUGCGGGAAUGUCUGCUACGACCAAGCCUUCCCCAUCUCGCACAUCCGCUACUGGGUGCUACAGAUCAUCUUCGUGUCCACGCCGUCGCUGGUGUACAUGGGCCAUGCCAUGCACACGGUGCGCAUGCAGGAGAAGCGGAAGCUGAGGGAGGCUGAGAGGGCCAAAGAGGUCCGGGGCACUGGCUCUUAUGAGUACCCAGUGGCUGAGAAGGCAGAGCUGUCCUGCUGGGAGGAAGUGAACGGGAGGAUUGUCCUCCAGGGCACUCUGCUCAACACCUAUGUCUGCAGCAUCCUGAUUCGCACAACCAUGGAGGUGGCCUUCAUCGUGGGUCAGUACCUCCUCUACGGGAUCUUCCUGGACACCCUGCAUGUCUGCCGCAGGAGUCCCUGUCCCCACCCAGUCAACUGUUACGUAUCCCGGCCCACGGAGAAGAAUGUCUUCAUCGUCUUUAUGCUGGCUGUGGCGGCGCUGUCCCUCUUCCUCAGCCUGGCUGAGCUCUACCACCUGGGCUGGAAGAAGAUCAGACGGCGCUUUGUCAGAUCUGGACAGGGCACAGCCGAGUGUCAGCUUCCUGGCCCCUCUGCUGGCAUGGUCCAGAACUGCACACCACCCCCUGACUUCAAUCAGUGCCUAGAGAAUGGCCCUGGGGGCAAAUUCUUCAAUCCCUUCAGUAACAAGAUGGCUUCCCAGCAGAACACCGAGAACCUGGCCACUGAGCAAGUGCAAGGCCAGGAGGCGAUUCCUGGGGAGGGCUUUAUUCACAUCCAUUACAGCCAGAAGCCUGAGGUACCCAAUGGGGCCUCCCCGGGUGACCGCCUUCCCAUUGGCUAUCCAAGUGACAAGCGCCGUCUCAGCAAGGCCAGCAGCAAGGCCAGGUCAGAUGACCUAUCAGUGUGAUCCUCUAGUGUUGCGGGGGGGAAUCCAGGACCAGGUGGGAACAGAGGAAGCUCACAGAGGGAAGAUGUGUCCCUAUCGACCCCAUCUCUCAUUCUCAUACCUGCUCUGCUCCUUUUGGGCUUCAGGUCUCCGUGGCAUUGCUCAUUUAUUCCAGAAGGUAGGACCAGGCCUCUUCGAGUGCAGGCAGUGACAUAGUUACCCACCCCAGCUGCUGUCCCUUCCCAUCCUCUACCCAGUGUACAUAGAAGGUUUUCAGAUUCUUUGGUCAACAGGCCAGAGGAAGAAAAAGGAACAGUGGUAAAUCAAGCCACAGGAGGGAUAGCCAGAAGGACAGAAUGGCUCUCUACAUACCAGCCACAUACCAGAUGGGUUCUCCAAGUCUCUAUGGAUUCCUCGACCCGAUUGCUCUUCUUCUUGCAACGAAAAACCCAAAGAUCCCAGCCAAUAAAGAGCAUCAAUCAAAGACCUUCCAUUAGAUGUGCUCUUGAAUCUGUUGUCUCCAUGGGUCAAAAUUUGGAGUGAUGUUAAGGUGGCCUUGGGCUGCCCUGGGCUGCCUUCCCUGUACCCAGUCUUACUUAAAAAGAGGUCCUUGGAACUUGGCCAGCAGCCUCAACUUUACAAGUGUUUUGGUAUGUACCUCUGGCAAAUGUCCUACCUUAGUGAAGCCGCAGCCUUUACUUCUGCCAGGGUGAAAACUGGCCCAUGGGGGUGCAAGCUCCCCCAGGGAGUGACUAUAUAUAAAGGCUCCACUGGAAUCCCUGCCACCACCUGUCAUCCUGCAGCUCUUUACAGCUCAACCCGAUGAUAGAAACCAUC